GGUAAAUGCAUGACACCUCUCACAUGACGGAAGGCGGUGCUCAACUGUCUAGCGCGGGGCGUUGUGGGAGAUGCCAGGGUUUGUUUUGGUUACGACGAGGGAAGGCAAGCAGGGGAUGUCAGGUGACAGUUAAAACAGUGAUUUUGGCCGUGAUACAAUGAGAGAAAGAGAAAAAAACUUAAGGACGACUGGAGGAUCAGAGAAGUCAAGACCAAAACCCACUACUAGCAAAACUUCAUCCUCCAAGACAUCAGAAUCUUCUUCAUCUAAUGUAAGGUCUUCAUCAAAAGCAUCAUCAUCCAAAACUCCAUCCAAAACUACAUCAUCAAGCAGAACAGCCAAAGAUGCCACAUCUAGUCGAACCAGUAAAACCACUAAAUCAUCAUCAUCAUCAUCAUCAUCAUCCAGUAGACCUGCCAAAGCUGCCUCAGUGUCCAGUUCAUCCUCCAGAACACACAGCACUCCAUCUCGUCCACCAGACAAGACUUCCUCAUCAGGUUCAAGGCCACAAAAGCCAGCAGCUGCCUCUACCAGGCCUAAUAAAGAUGCCAGGAGUGAACGGUCCAGUACCAAGGUGGAGAAAACAAGUAGAUCACAUGAGUCAGGCAGUAAAGACAGAGCAGAAAGAAGAACCUCUAAAGACUCAAAGGCACCAUCCACCUCUUCUCGAGGAGAAAAACCAUCCCAAAGUACUGGAAGGGAAAAGACAAAGGAAGGCAGGAAAGAGACAAGGGAUGAAAAGUCCUCCAGUAAUCAAAACCGAGGAAGGGAGAAAGCAGCACCACCAAGCAAUCAGAAGGAACCCAGUAGAAGCAGGAGCAGCAGGAAUGUGGAUGCUCGGGAUAAGGUUCCCAAAGAGAAGUCUCAGACCAGACAGACCUCCAGAACUGAAGCCAAGUCUGAAAGAAAGUCUAAAAAGGAUGAGAAACAAAGUAAGGAUGAAACUAAAGUCAGCCGUUCACAGACCCCUCAGAAAUCGCCUUCAGGAUAUUCUCAAACACGAAUACAAAAUAGCGACAAUGAAGCUCACGAUUCUGGUUCGGAGGGAAUGAGCUUGGGACCAGUGGUAAUCAGCGGACAAAUGUCCAAUAGUCAGGAGGCAGAAGUGGUGGAAUAUUCUCCAACUAGUAUUGAAACAAUGGAAUCAGGAAUCUCUUUGUCAUCUCCUCAAGAGCUAAGUGGAGAUGAAGUUGAAAUGGAAGAAUCCAUCUUGUCUAAAAUGGUGGAGAUAGAUGAGGAAGAGGAAGAAGAUAAGCAGAGAGGAGCAUCCAUGAUGGAUGUAGAGUCGCUGUCUUUGCAGGGCAUGAGUGGAGCACAGCCCCCAGAGUCACAUACUGGUUUGCCAGUUUCUGAUGCUGGAGAUGAUGAUGAUAACUAUGAGGACGAUUUUGAGGAUUAUGAAUCGGAUUUUGAAGAAGACAGUGGAUCAGGGGUGGAAGAUGAGGAUAGCUCAGGAAGUAGUGAAGAUGAAGAAUCAGGAAGUUCUCUUGAAGAAAGUGAUGUAGACUCUGCUGAUUCUGAAGUGGCUGCUGUUUUGCUUGCCAUACAAGAGGAAAAUAGAUUUGAAAAGAGGCUGGAACGUACCUUUAGUGUUGAUGUUCCAGAAGAGUCCAGGAACUCAAUAUCACCUGAAAAGAAAAUACAACCAGUGCCAAUACCAGAGGUUGAAGAUAUUAUAGAUAAACAGAAGCCACAAACACAAGUUGCCAGACCAAAAACUUCACGAACUUUUGUUAACUUUGAAAGAGCAAAGAAACAGCAGAAGAUGGCACAGGUAUCAUCUACUAUGACAUGUCGAGGACGGGCACUGCUGAGCAUGAUACAGCUUGAUAUAGUGAAUGUGGACCUUUUUACCUUGUCACCUGUUUCCUAUGAGACUUAUAUCUCAACAUUUGGACAGGCCAAUAGACAACAGGUACAUGUACAAACCAAUGAGGAUGCACUUUGUGAAGAAGUACAAACGGAUGAAAUUAUAACACGUGACAAAUGGACUCAGAAGCCUGUACACAUCAGUGUUGGGACAGACAACCAGCUACCGGGCCCACAGGAUUACAUGGGGGUUGGAGGAGAUAUGGAUCCAAGAGAGUAUUCAACAAUGCCAAGAAAAAAUGCCAACACUGGAUAUCUUACUUCAUUUUUAACUUCAGCAUCCCAGGUCAUGCUAGCAAUCCUGGAAGAGGAGCUGCUUUGGGAUCUGGCAGAAUCUAGCUCUGCUGAUUCAUCAAGCUCCAUGGAGGGGCUUGGUUUCUCUCAUCCACCAGCCCCUCUUGGUUCCAGUGUCAAGCCUCUCUUGCAGGGACGACCAAUACCUUUUGUGCAGUUUUGUGCUGCUGAGCCAACUCUGUUACUCUCUGGCCAUGGAUACCAGCCUUUGGAGGAGGAGGAUGCUAUGGAAUUAAGUGAAAGUGGAUUAGUCUGUCUUUGGUCAGUACAAGAACCUUCACGACCACAGCAACUCCUUUGUUGUCGAGCUUCACCUGUAGCUGCUACAUUCAGUCCAUCCAAGCCAUCAUUGGUUCUGGCAGGCUUAGAAGAUGGUUCACUGGCUGCCUGGGACCUGCGGGAACACUUCAAAUUCCAUUGUCUCAAAAUUGAGAUUGAUGAUGUUAAUUGGAGGGUCAGAAUUCCAUCAUUUAUUACUGCUUGUGAUGUGGAUGAUGGUGGUGAAGGCAGUAGAAUUGUGGCUAUCCAGUCUGUAACUACACCUGAAGAUCUAGAGGCAGACACACAGGGUUCAUUUCAGGUGGUCACACUCAGUAAUGAUGGAAAAGUGACGUGGUGGGUGGUGGUUCGGGUGCCUUUCACUAAUGCUCUCAUGGAUAUAGGCAUUGGCAAGAAGUACAGCAGCAACAGCAUUGAGGAAAGUAAGGUUGGGGUGUCCCCACAUACAGGUGCUGCACCUUGGGCCAGAAUUGCCCUCAAUCGUGCUGCAACCAUAGAUGUAGCAACUACUUUGUAUGGAGAACACCACCUGACUGGGGGAGUCACGUGCCACAGCUUAAGAAUAGACCCCAGUGAUUCCAGUCAGCUUUAUGUUGCCUCAGUGAAUGGAGCAGUGGCUCAUUGCUCCCGUCAUAAUGGCAAGACUUACCCUAAGGCUUAUUUACCUGAUAUUGAGCCAGGAUGUGAAGCCACGUGUCUGGCUGUGUGUCCCCAUGACAAUCGUUACCUGCUAGUUGGAAGUGGGGAUGGAGUUGUGCGGCUUCACAGCAAUGAGAUUGAUCAUCCCUUGACCUCUUGGCAGUCUGCACAAGACUUUUCACCAAUUGUUGAUGUGCAGUGGUCUCCAGCAAGACCUUGCGUGUUUUAUGUCCUGGAUUCAAAUGGAAGAUUACAUGUUUGGGAUCUGAGUGCUGGGGAUAUAUUCCCAGUGUUAACAAUUGAAGCUGGAGGACUUGUGGAUGGUAGUCUUUCUUCCCUCCACAUUGCUUCCACACAGAGAGCAUCACACCAGCCCCUCAAUGCAGUGUUUGCCAGUAACACUGGUGAGUUGGUGUUGCGGCAAGUGAGCUCUGAGUUCUGUGCCUAUGAGCAUGUUGAAGACUACAAGACAGAGCUGGAAAGAUUCACUUACUAUGUUAACAUUAUAUAGAAGUAUACACACACAAUGUACAAAAAAUUCCUUAUUAUAAGAUUCUAGUCAGUCAAGCUUCAUAAUGCUGUGCUGUUGCUUGAAUUUUCAUGUAAGACAGUAAGUCAUUCCACUUAUUAGAUAAAUAUCAUCCCAAAAUAAAUUAUGGACAUCUAGAUGAAAAUAGUAUGGAUGGGGCUUAUUUCAUUAAAUCUAUUUACUUUUAUAAAUAAUCUAUAUUCUGUCUUACCUUUUUGUGGUUUGAAGUAUCCAUGGUCUUGUGUAGCAAGAGUUCACAUGUAAAUUGGUUUUGUUAAGAUGUACAUGCAAAGGAAGGCAGUAUCGGUGGCCUUCCACUCUUGUAGGACAGGAAGGUUACACCUACAUGACUGGUCUGUACUUGUACUGCACGUGAACAGCAGCUAUAGAAUGAAAAGAGACAAAACCAGAUCAUUUCCAUCCUUUUUAUUAAAAAUAAUAUAUAAAUGUUCUCUAAAAUAUACAGUUAUUUUUUUCUUAAAAAAUCUGUUUCAUGGAUUUAUAUUGUUAUUAGUUAUAAAGAAUGAAAAGAAAUCAAGAUUAAUUUAAAAAAAAAUUAUGCUUUUGAAUCAUUGAUAACUGAAUUCCUACAUCACAUUUUUUGAUUGGGUCCUCAUCAAAUCAUCAUAUUUAUUAAUGAGAAUUGCAAGCUAUCUAGACUUCCUGAGCCAAGGAAAGCAGUUUGAUUGUUAUCUUCUGCAGCACUUAAGUUUAUUUUUCCUCUUUUUUCAGCAUAUGUAGAUGUCACUUUAAACUAAUUCUGCAUUUUAUUUAUUUUUUUUUCAGCCACAAAUUGUGGAUAGAUUUUAUUUUAUUUAUAUGCAUCAAGCCACUUUCUGUACAUGUGGGAUGGUAUAAAAAAAAAAAAAAAAUACAGCAAGUGAAACCAAUCCACUAGAAAAACUACUGAAAAGAAGUAAGUGAUGUAUUUCAUGCAGAAUGAUACUCUUGAUCAUACAUGUGCUGAUGUUCUUCUUAGUCGUACUUUUUGUUCUAUUUUGCAAUGUUGUUUUUAAGUCUGUUCUUAUCAACUGAGGAACAUGGAUAUGUACUGAUAAGAGUUUUUGACAUGUCCAUUUGUCUGUCUUGUGUUUUCACAGUGAUAAGGCCAGAUUUUGGGGUUAAGACUCACCUUUCAGUGCAGAAUGGUUGAUAACAUCCAGUGAAAAAUAACGAGACUUAAAAGUACAUCUCUGUUAAAAGUUGAUAGCAAGAUAUUAUAACUUAAGAAACAGAGUAGGUCUGGUGAGCAGAUUAAAUCCCAGGCUAUGUUCAUUUUGCUCCAGAACUGCACAGAUUUUUGUAAUCAAUAUAAAGCACUUUUUUCACCAAGGCAUUUUAUGCAGCAUUACUACAUAUGUGUGCCUAUUAGUGAACUAAUCUUGCCAUUAUCAUUUUGCUUUGGCAGUACACUACAUUAUUCAGCAAUUAUAUAUCAUAAAGUUAAUAGUAAAUGGAUUUAAUGAGAUAUGUAAUUGAUAAAAGCCUGAACUUUUCAAUAAUACAGUUUUCUAUCUUGCACAUUCCUAUACACUUUAGUUGAUUCCUGACCAUAGCAUAGAAAAUUCCAAUCACUGUGUUCUGUGAAGACACUAGCAACACAACAAAUGAUCUGUGAUGUAAGGACCAGUAUGUAUUAAAUAUUUCUACUUGUUACUCUAGUCAGACAUGCAAUAGAUAAUUAAACAGUGAACUUACACUUAAGAAUAAUGAAUUGUUGACAGUGGAAGAUUUGUUAAAAGAAUUGUUUAUGAAUGGUGUUUUAACAUUGUGCUUUUAUGAUUGGGUCAUUACCUAGCUUUAUAUUUUCAUUGGAAAAAAUAUCUUGCUUGAUUUUAAUUGUAAAUACGUAAAAUACAUUAAUAAGCUGUUGACAUGUCCCCAAGAUUAGUUUUCUUAAUGUUUUGUCAUGAAACUGCAGGAAUAGAACAGCAGUACUCUGCUUCUCACUGCAUUUAUUUAUUUAUUUAUUUUAUUUUUGUCUGUCUGGCUGUCUAUCCAUUUAUCUCUGAUAUCUCAUAUCCUCUAAGAGAUGGCCAUGGCAGAUCAUCCACCCCUCCCUACCCAGACAUUCCCUUCUUGCUUAUUCAAGCCCUUCUUUCUCACAUGUACUCCUUUACCCUGUCUUUCCAUCUUUUGUGGCCUUCCUCUUCUAUUAGUAACUGCAACUUUCUAUUUAAGACUUUAUGAACUCUCCUCUACAUCCUCUCAGUAUGGCCAUACCAUCUUAGUGUAUUCCUUUUCAACCUUUCCACUACUCCCCAAUUUACACCAUCUGCACAGGUGCUCAUACAACACCCCUCAUAUACUUUCAUUACUCAUACCACAUGCCCCUCUCAGAUCAUUAAUUUCAGCACACUUGAUUGUUAUGGCUUAUUCCAUGUUCAGGUCUCUGAUCCAUAUAUCAAUGUAGGUAGGAGAAUACUAUUCUUGAAACUUCUUUAUGUCUGUAGAAACAUUUCUCCCAUUCAUGACUUUCAAAUGAAUUCUCUCUCUUAUCCCUCUAUCCAUCUCACCUUGUUUACAUAGAACUGUGUAAUCUCACUCACCUACUCCAUUCUCUUUCAUUCUCUCUCCUCUCAAAAUGCCUCAACUUCUACACUUGGCUCACUCAUACUGUAAAGUAUCCUCCAUUUCUCUAUGAUAAAAUAUGUUCAGCUUAUAUUUACUGGUAUAUUUUCAAGCAUAGAUGUUUGCUACUUUUGAAAAAUGUACUUUUUGAAAAAUAUAAUAAAAAUAAAUUGCAUUUUCAAAGCAGUAGAACAAACAAGAUUCAUAGCUUGAAUUGUUUUCAUAUUCUGUUAUGCUUCUCAAACAAAAGCUACUAACAUGUUGCAGUGGUUGUUCGUACUUGUAUUAUUUAAUUGAGAUUGAUAACAGAUAUUUAAUUAAGAGUGAUAAUGAAUAUCAUAUGAAAACUUGAUAGAGAACCAAAUGGUGUACCAUGUGACCAAAAAUGAUGCAAAGAUUAAUUGGUUUUAUAACAGUUGGUUCUAUAACAGAUAAGUUAGUACACAUGGAUGCAAGGGUUUUAGAUCAACUGUGUGUUUUGAGUUUUCCUGGAGAAUGCAUGGUAGAAUAGGUACCAUAAUACUAAACUUUUAGAGAUAGGUUAAAAGUUAGUGAGAAAUGGCAGUUUUAGAAUAAACAGGUUGGUUUGAUUGGAUUAAAAAGUUUUGGAGGUUACCACUUGAGAAUAUGAGUUUAGACUGAGAUAUAUGCUUCUCUGUUAAUCUAGAAGAAUGUUGUGGAGCUGAGGAAGGACUGAAGUAGGUUGGGUAAUCUGCCCAGGGGAUGUAUAAUACAAAAAUGUGUUAUAUUAAAGGUUAUGAGCAGGAGUCCCAUUAAUAUUAUAUGGUGGAGACAAUACUGAUCUAUUUGUACUCUGACAAUGUCACAUUUAUAGUAUAUAUUGAGGGACACACUGAUGCCAUACACUGUGUGUGUGUGUGUGUGUGUGUGUGUGUGUGUGUGUGUGUGUGUGUGUGUGAAACUAAAGUUUAAUGUAAACAAUGUUGAGUAAAGUUAUGAGAUCUUAAAACUGGGUCAUGUUAUAUUGUACUCUGAUGUAAAUGUGAUUAUACAUAUGAGGAAAGUAAAAUUCAAUAAGAUAGGAAAUAAGACAUGGGGGUCAGUAUCUUGUCAGUAUGAUAGAACAAUGCAAGAUACCACAAAGAUCACCUUAGAGAAGGAAACUAAUUGCUGAAAAGCAUUUUGGUUAUUGAUAGCAGAGGGAAGAAUUGUAAGAAAAUUUUUGUUAACUGAAAUUGUUAUGAAAUGUGGACAGUAGGUCAAGCAAGGCAACUAGUCAUAUGACAGUAGAGAUGGCAUUAUUUUGAGUCAGUGGAAAUAUUAGAAGAGUACAAGGGUACAAUGUAGUAACUUUGAUGUGUGUCACAUGGUAGAAAUGUAAGAUUUGCAUGAAAUCUGAGACUGGAGAAUAGGGUAUUCUGAGAAUGGGUACAGACAUAAUGUUAAUUUUUAAGAGUGAAGGAAAGGAUAGACAGUGUUAAGUGAGAUCUCCUUCUGUAAGGGAAUGUACUGAAAUGGGUAACAUAUUGGACGAAGCUAUAACAUGACAUGAAUGAAUGUUAUAGCUUCAGGAAGGUUCUGUUGUGGCCAAUCUUGUGAGUGAAGUGAUAUAUUAGUGGUAGGCAUUAUGAUGGAUAUUUUUAUACAACUCAUUUCAUGACAUUUAAGCAUGAAAAUUAAAAUCAUGAUUACUAAUUUUUGUAUCAUGAAGUAUCAUAAGAUGACACAUUUCAGAGAUCUUUUGUUUCUAGUCAGCAGUAAUUUAGUCAUCACUUUUAUAGUGUUACAGAAGUUGUAUGAUUGAUCAUUCUUAAUGCGUUUAAGUCUGAAUUUUAUAUUACAAAAUAUUAAUUGACGAACCAAAAUAUUCAUCUUAAGUAUUUAGUGGAGAUCUCUUUGUGUUUAUUCCCUGUUGUUUUUCUGUAAAAAUCAGUUGAAUAUUAAUAACAAGAAUCAAGACUAGUAUAAUGGCAAAGGACAGGUUUAGUAGGAUCAGUGGUAGUACUGGAGUUAAUAUAGAUACUGUAACAUUUGAAGUGCCACUAUAUAUUUAGGAAAGUUACAGGAUUUCAGCCUCACAGAUGUAUUUAAAAAGAAAAUUCCAUUUAAGCAUUUAUAAAUAGUCCUGUGAAAGUUGUUUUUGCAACUGAAAAUUUAUGUUGAAGAAUUCACUUUUCCUGACCUAAUAAAGAUCACUUACUUUGGUGGCACUGUGAGUUAAUUGUGAGAAUCUUCUCAUGAUCUACACUGUCUUACUGAUUUCCCUUGGCAGUCUGCAUCACCAGAGGGUUUUACAUAUGCAUAAAUAAAAUGCAUUAAUAUAGAUAAAUUAUAUAUGCAAAUGAAUGAGGGUGGUAUGUUUUUGAGAAUGACUGAAAGCGGUGUGCAUGUACACAAAGAAGCUGGGAUCAAACUUCAAUAAAGGAAAGGGAUAUCAUAUAUGCAAAUGUUUAUGAUUUGACAGUGAUAUUAGUGAAUCAAUAAUUUGUGUAAAAAGUUAUUGUGCUGAGACCAAACAGAAUGUUUAACUUGAAAAUUAUCUGGCAGGUUAGUAAGUUUGUAACAACAACAACAUUAGCACAGCCAAUGGUAUCUACUGCUCAGGGGGGAAAGAAAUUUUUAGUGCCAGGCCACUAACUUUUCUUUUCCAGAAGCUGUUGUGUGACAGAAUUUUAUUAACACAAAUAGUACCUCAGUGGUUGUGUGGUCUGCUGUAUUAGAUGUAUUUUCUCCAGCUACUGAAAUUUAAAUCAUGGAUGAUAAGUGCCAUAGGCUAUGUAAGCCCAUUAUUAGCUUGGAUAAAUGUUUUGUAUAUAGUAUAUUGUAUAGGUUUCCUGUUGUUCCUGCACUUCUCUCUGAAUGAAAUGAAAAUAGAAUAGGCAGUGUAUAGUGACUUUUAACCACAUAGUAUAAACAGAUGCAAACUGUGUGAUGGUUUCUGACUAAAGGUUCCAGUUUUCUUAGAUAUUCAAUGUUUUCUUGCAGAUUUGUUUUUUUUUUGAGUUCCUUGACAUGUUCAUAAGUACAUAACUAGUAUGAUUUACAGUUAUACUAUUAUUAUCUUAUGAUGAUGCACACAGUCUUAAGUUAGAAGUCUUUCAGCAUAGUAACUAUUCCUGAUUUUCUUAAUAUACUAUCAAAGCCUUUUUAUAAAUCAACAAAAAAAUUAAGUAUAAUUCUUCCCUCUUUGUGUAAUGGCUCUCCUGCAUCUCCCAUAGUCAAUAUUGUAUUAAUUGUUUUAUGUAGUCUUUAUCUCACAAGAUUGGAAUUUUUUAACAAAGUAUGUAUGUGGUCACACAUAAAUGUGAGCACACUUUUUAUUUCAUGAAGUGCUUGUGAAGUACAUCUAUUGGUGGUAAUUAAAGGUCAUUAGUGGCUUGAUACUGGAGUUAAUGGUCAGUUGGCUUUGAGAUUACUUCAUAUAUCUUUGUAGCAGAUUGUUAAGGCUCAGAAUGUGAAAAGGGAAAGUAAUCUUCCUCACAAGAGUUAGUGCAAAGUGUUUAACAGACCAGUAUGAUAAUUGUUAUGUAUUUAUGUAAUUGUUAUCAUGUAUAUGUAAGCAGACCACACUCACGGUGCAGUCUUCAUGAAACGAUGCCAUCCAAGUGUAAUAUUUCCGUCCUUAUGUGUACAAAAUAUUAAAUGUAAUUUCCAUACUCCACAUAAACAGUUUUUCUCUAUUCAUUUAAAGUAUAUUGCAAAGAAAAGUUAUUUUGCUCUAAUUUCCUCAUAGAAAAUGAGGUAUUCUGUGAUGGAAAUAACAGGUGAAUGAAGAAAAACUUGUACUGGAGUUGGCAAAUUACUAUAUGAAUAUGAUCUAUCUAGAAAAAAAAAAAAAAAAUUAAAUUGAACAUCAGUGGUAUUUGAAAGUUAAAAAAAAUCUAUAGCUAUACUUAUAAAACUAUGUUAAUUAUGUAAUAAAUAACUAUAUUUAAACAAUAA